ACUCAGGAAGGGGCAGGGGAGCAGGAUGCCGACAGAGUUCGAGAACGUCCUCACCAACCAGCCUGUCGUCAUCGACAAUGGCUCGGGGAUGAUCAAGGCUGGCUUUGCGGGUGGCAGCACUCCGAAAUGCUACUUUCCGAACUUUGUGGGGCGGACAAAACAUCCAAAGAUCAUGCUGGGGUCAGAUAAGGAGGAUACGUUGAUAGGCAAAAAGGCCCAGGAGCUUCGUGGUCUUCUCAAGAUCAAGUACCCCAUGGAGCACGGCAUCGUCACCGAUUGGGAGGACAUGGAGAAGAUUUGGAGACAUGUGUAUGAAAAGGAGCUAGGCACACCCAUCGAAGAGCACCCCGUGCUCCUCACCGAGGCGCCUUUGAAUCCUCGACGGAAUCGAGAAAUGGCGGCGCAUAUCUUCUUCGAGCAGUUCAACGUCCCAGCCUUCUUCACGUCCAUUCAGGCAGUGCUCUCCCUCUAUGCGUCGGGGCGGACAACGGGUAUCGUCCUUGACUCCGGCGAUGGUGUCACUCAUGCCGUGCCUGUUUAUGAAGGCUUCAGCAUGCCUAUGGCCAUUCGAAGAGUCGACGUGGCGGGCAGAGACGUGACAGAUGCGCUCCAAAUCCAUCUUCGCACCGCAGGCUACAACCUUCACACGAGCGCAGAGAAGGAGGUGGUGAGGAUGAUCAAGGAGAAGUGCUGCUACAUUGCCAUGAACCCCGUCAAGGAGGAGAAGGAGUUGCGAGAGGAAGAAGAAUUUAGACUGCCUGAUGGCAACUAUAUCAAGCUCGGGCCAGAGCGAUUCAGAUCGACCGAAAUCCUGUUCAACCCAGAACUACAUGGACUCGAAUACCCUGGCAUGCCGCAAAUCAUCGUGGACUCAAUCAAUAGAGCGGACUUGGACAUGAGGAGGGAGCUUUUCCAGAGCAUCGUGCUGAGCGGCGGGACGACAUUGACAAAGGGCUUUGGCGACCGACUGCUCUACGAUAUUAAGCGGUUAGCGAGAGAUGAGACCAAGAUCAAGAUCCUCGCGCCACCCGAACGGAAGUACUCGACGUGGAUUGGAGGCAGUAUUCUGGCAGGUCUCAACACUUUCAAGAAGAUGUGGGUCUCUGCAGAAGACUACAACGAGGACCCGAAUAUCAUCCACAAGAAGGCUUUUUGAUGUCCUUGAGCGUGCGCAAUUGUUAAUCGCUGCGUCAGUAUAUCCCAAUGUCAUCCCUCCCACGUCAUGUGAGGACUUCCGUCGAGACUGCUUGACCACCCGAGGAGUGGCCGCUUGCUUUCAGAGACGAGAUGAAGGCCUUGCUGAGCGGCGAAGUCUUGACACGAGUGAAGACGUUACUUGACCAAUUAGCAGACAGCGAGAAGGGACAGGCAAUCAGGGCAUCAGCGAAUUAGAUUGAGUGAAGAAGACAUUGAUGAUAACGGAACCUGAUGGACUGAUCGAAAGCAUUGAUGUUCUACAGUAUUGAUGGAGCGAGGCCAACUAGAAGUAAUAAAGAAAGACGAAACACUCUACUGCUUGCCCAUGAUGGUUGUGACAAGCGUGUACA